AUGGCUUAUAAAAUCCUGUCUUGUUGUGGAAAAACAGUUGUUCAAUCACAUCUACGAACCGAAUGGCCACUGAAUACACGUAAGAAUAUUUUUCUGAAGAAGUAGAAUUUUUUUGAUUUUUCAGAAAAAAUAGGAUGUGAUAGAUUAUUUGAUAUUUUCGUGAGGCUGGGAGAUUUAUGUAUCGAAGAACACGAGUUGGAAAAAAUGAGAAAUCGAAAAAUCACUCCCAAACAAAUUCUGGACACUAUUGUAUGUUUAUUAUCCUUAAAAACUUACUAAUAUUUAAUUUUCCAGACUGAAACUUCGAUGUUUAGUAAAAUGGCAGUUGAAGAAAUAAUCAAACAAUUUGUGAAUGAAGAAGGUUUUAUAAAUAUUGAAAAACUAGUUCAAGUUACACAAAGCUCUCGAGAUGAUGUUUUGGGAAAAUUAAUGACAAAUGAUCCAAAUCCCACAGUUACUGAAGAUGUAUCUGAUUUGGAAGAAGAAGAAACUGAACAACUUGAAAUAAAACCAACAACAUUCGCAACUGUAAAACCAGAAGUUGAAUUGAAAGCAGUUGUUGGACCUUUGAGAGCACAUGUUACUGAAUUACGUGGAUGUUUAGCAAUAAAUCCAAAACUUCAAUCUAUUGCUUAUAAAAUUAAUUGCGAAAAUACGACAACAUGUGAAGUUGUAUUGAAUGUGGCCAAAAAUUGUAUGUUUCUCAAAAUUUUCUAAUAUCAUUUUACAAACCAAAACUUUCAGCUGAUGUUCCGUUUGGAAAUUUUGAAAAUGAUUUAUUUUUGAUUGCCCGAAAUGACGACCAUUUUUGUAUUAGUGGAUUUCUUGCAAACGAUGGUUUUUAUUCGACUGGAAUUAUGGAAAUAGUUGGAGGAACUGAAUUAAUUGUUGUUGCAAUGGGAACAUCGAUAACACGAAGAAAAUCAACAAGAGAAAGAGUAACACUUGUUGAAGAAGAUGGAAAAUUGAGUAAACGAUUCAAAAUAACUUUGAUGAAUAUUUUCGAAUCUUUUGAUGUUGAUAAAAAUGGAGUUUUGGAUAGAAAUGAAUUAAAUCAUUAUACAUUAGCAAGCGGAGAUGAUUCAUUAACUGAUGAAGAAUGGAAAUUAUAUACUGAUAAUUUUGAUUUUCGAGAUGGCGGAAUUACACUUGAUGGAUUUCUGAAAAUGCAUCAGGUGGGAUAAAUUGAUUGAAUGACAAUUUUAAGAGUUUUAGUUUCAGGUUGAAGCUGCUGACACAAGUGAACAUGUUAUUUCUGAUCUUUGGCAUUCUUUGAAUUGUCUUGGUUAUGAUUCAGAACUUCAAUUGAUUUUUGUACGUUUUAUUUUUUUUCGUUUUCAAAGAUUUUCAUUAAAUAAGCACGUAUUCAGGGCUGUUCAUACGAUAUAACAAUUCAUCACGAUGAUCCAAUAACUAUCAAGUCAGAUCUUCAAUUUAUGAAAAGAGCAGAUCGCACAUAGUAUGUCCAACAAAUCAGAAUAAGUUUUCAAAGUAACAAAAUUAUAAUUUUCCAGUAUUCUCGAAAAAUUGUAUCAUAUUGGAGAAGUCUAUGAGGAUUAUUAUGGACUGCACCCACAUUUAUAUCAGGCAGAUUAUUUUGGAUUAAUGAUUGCCAAAAAAGAUGGAACAAAAGCAAAAAUCAAACUAUCAAUUUUGAACGCAAAAAAUGUUCGUUGGAAUAUUCCACACUCAAAUAAUGAUGCAAUUCACAUUGCUGAUUCGGAUAACGAAUAUGUUCUACUCGCAACUUAUACAAUCACAGAUAAUGAAUAUUCAUUAAGUUUUAAAUUUGAUGAUGUUGAAUAA